GUUAGUUCUCAAGUUUGUUUGCAGAGUUUAACCCCAUUAGAAGGUGAACUAGAGACCAGCAACAACCAAAGAGCAGAACUUCCACAGUGCUGCACAAGCUCUUCAGUUUCAGAACUUUUAGUUGCAUCAAAUCAGGAGCUUUCACUCAAAAACAGCAACGUGUUUCCUCACACACACACACAUAGAAAAGACAGAAAGAGACAGAGAGAAGGGGACCGGACAGACUAACCCUCAGCUUGUAGCUGGAAAGGUUGUGUCUUUCCCGGAGAUGAAGAUUCAAUUCGCUCCACUAAACAUCCCGCUGCGGAGGAGACUCCAGACAGCUGCUGUGCUGCAGUGGGUUUUCUCUUUCCUGGCGUUAGCCCAGUGCUGUCUAGCAGGCUAUGUGUUGCUAUGCGUCUCUGACUGGUGGGUUCUGGCUGCGCUGUAUGCUGGUUGGCUGUAUCUGGACAGGGACACACCCACAAGCGGGGGUCGGAGGUCAGAGUGGCUUCGGAACUGGAGCCUCUGGAAACACUUCAGAGACUACUUCCCUCUCAAUCUCAUAAAGACAGUGGAUCUGGACCCUGGUUCUAACUACAUCUUUGGGUUCCACCCCCAUGGUGUUCUGGUGGCAGGGGGUUUUGGGAACUUCUGUACAGAGGCGUCAGGGUUCUCCUCGCUGUUCCCCGGGCUGACCCCCUACCUCCUGAUGCUGCCAUUCUGGUUCAGAGUACCCUUCUUCAGAGACUACAUCAUGUGUGGAGGUCUGGUAUCCAGUGAGAAAGCCAGUCUGUCCUACCUGCUCUCAGCUUCUAGAGGAGGUAAUGUGGCGGUGGUGGCUGUAGGGGGCGCUCCAGAGGCUCUAGACGCCCGGCCAGGAGCUCUCACCCUUCAGAUUCUACACCGCAAGGGAUUCAUCAAAUUGGCACUAAAACACGGGGCCCAGCUAGUACCUGUGUUCUCCUUUGGGGAGAAUGAGCUCUUCGACCAGAUGACCAACCCUACCGGCUCGCCGCUUCGCUGGCUACAGGACCACCUGCAAAGGCUCAUGGGAGUGGCACUGCCGCUGUUCACCGGGAGAGGAGUGUUCCAGUACAGCUUUGGUCUACUGCCCUACAGACAGCCCAUACACACUGUUGUGGGUAGGCCUAUUCCAGUGGUCCAGACCCCCUCUCCCACUAAGGAUGAUAUAGACGGUCUCCAUUCUCUCUACCUGGAGGGCCUCACUACGGUGUUUGAAGACAACAAGGACAGCUACGGCAUUGCACCAGACAAACACCUCCACUUCAUCUAGACACCCAUCUGUGUUAAGAGUUGUUCACACGUUAUAAUCAGAAGAAAAAUAAGAUUUACAGAUGAACCCAAAGAAGCUGCAACACCUUGUAGAGUUCUAGCUGGAGGGUAGGGUUCUGUAGGGUUCUAUAAACAUCACAAUACCUUGUAGAGUUCUAGCUGGAGGUUAGGGUUCUGUAGGGUUCUAUAAAACAUCACAAUACCUUGUAGAGUUCUAGCUGGAGGUUAGGGUUCUGUAGGGUUCUAUAAAACAUCACAACACCUUGUAGAAUUCUAGCUGGAGGGUAGGGUUCUGUAGGGUUCUAUAAAACAUCACAACACCUUGUAGAGUUCUAGCUGGAGGUUAGGGUUCUGUAGGGUUCUAUAAAACAUCAGAACACCUUGUAGAGUUCUAGCUGGAGGGUAGGGUUCUGUAGGGUUCUAUAAAACAUCACAACACCUUGUAGAGUUCUAGCUGGAGGUUAGGGUUCUGUAGGGUUCUAUAAAACAUCACAACACCUUGUAGAGUUCUAGCUGGAGGGUAGGGUUCUAUAAAACAUCACAACACCUUGUAGAGUUCUAGCUGGAGGUUAGGGUUCUGUAGGGUUCUAUAAAACAUCACAACACCUUGUAGAGUUCUAGCUGGAGGUUAGGGUUCUAUAAAACAUCACAAUACCUUGUAGAGUUCUAGCCGGAGGUUAGGGUUCUGUAGGGUUCUAUAAAACAUCACAACACCUUGUAGAGUUCUAGCUGGAGGUUAGGGUUCUGUAGGGUUCUAUAAAACGUCACAAUACGUUGCAGAGCGUUGGAUUUGCCUGCUGUGGGGCAAGGAGACCCCCAGCUCUGCUAAAACCACUGACAACUGCGUGCCAUUUUCAAGGAAUUGUUAAAUACAUGUUGUAAUAUCAGCAUCUCUUGAAGAGCUUAGUCAGAACAACAAAUGUCAGAUUAUUCCAUGCAUGUAGCUCUAUCAUCAGUUAUACAGCAAGAAACUGCUUUCAUGAUCAGUAAACAUCAAUGAUCAUGUAGUUUCAGAGACGGGUAGCCUAUCUAUAUCUAUAUCGGCAACCGUUAAUUGGAUAUUUGAGUGAUAUGAAAUACACUGAACAAAAAUAUAAUCGCAACAUGUAAAGUGUUUGUCCAAUGUUUCAUGAGCUAAAAUAAAAGAUCCCAGAAAAUGUUCCAUACAAACAAAAAUAUUAUUUCUCUCAAAUUGUUGUGGACAAAUUUGUUUACCUUCCUGUUAGUGGGUGUUUUUCAUUUGCCAAGAUAAUCCAUCCACCUGUCAGGUGUGGCAUAUCAAGAAACUGAUUAAAUGGCAUCAUAUGGCAGUAGUUUUA